AUGCAUAUCCUGGUCGUUAACGACGAUGGGCCCCCAUCAGCCCGUCUCUCUCCCUACGUCCACCCCUUCGUCUCCGCCCUCCAAGCGGCCGGCCACACCGUCUCCGUCGCAAUCCCGGCAGCCUCGCGCUCGUGGAUCGGUAAAGCGCACUUAAUCGAAGCCUCCCUCGAAGCAACCUACGUUCCGUCCUCCGCUUUUCGCAACGAUGGUACCUGGGACGAAACACCCGAGUCGUCUACCGACGAGACCGAAUGGGUGGUGAUCAAAAACGGCACACCGGCCAGCUGCGUCCAACUAGGCCUCUUCAACCUCUUCCCCGACGAGCGCGGGCCCAUCGACCUUGUCAUUUCGGGACCGAAUCACGGCCGUAAUGCGUCGACGAUUUACAACCUUUCCUCCGGGACAGUCGGUGGUGCGCUGGAGGCUGCGAACUGCGGGAAGCGCGGGAUUGCGAUCUCCUUCGGGAGUAAGGAUCCGCAGCCUGCAGAGGUGAUUGAAGCCGCUGCGCGGUUGGGCGUGCGUGUUGUUGGCCAUCUCGUUCGGAAUUGGGAUGAAAGGGUUGAGUUGUAUAACCUGAAUAUCCCUAUGCGCGGGGAUGUGGAGGAGAGGCCGGUGCGGUAUACGCGAGCUUUGCCGUAUUAUUGGCAAAAAGGGUAUUUGUAUAAGGAGAUUGCGGAGGGUGAGGAGGGUGUUAAUGGGACGGGGCAUGAUGUUGAGGCUGAGACUGAGACUAAGAAGGUUGUCAGUGGCACAUCGGGAUCGCUGAAGCAGCGCAACUUCAAAUGGGCGGCUGAGUUGUCAGAUAUGAAGAAGGCUUUGCAAGCUAGUGAGGAGGGGACGGAUGCGCACACUGUUUUGGAUGGGUGUACUAGUGUGACUCCCCUGCUGGCGAACUUCUGGCAUGUCCCUGGUCUCGAGGGACAUUUGGAUAUUGAUGCUUGA